UCUCUAUCUAUCUACACCAACGUGACCAAGCAAUCUGGUCUACAUAUAUAUAGAUAAAAUGGCAGAAGAAAAUGGAGUUGAAAAGCCUCCCCCUGCAGAGGCACAAAAGGCAAGGGAUCAUUAUUGGGUGAUCGGCGGCUUGGUGGUGAGGGUGUUAGCACUGUUUGGGACGGUGGCGGCCACGGUGGUGAUGGCUAUGAACAAGGAAGAGAAAAGCAUUGUGGUGGCCACCAUUGGCACAACUCCCAUCCAAGCCACUCUCACUGCCAAAUUCCAACACACUCCAGCAUUUCUGUUUUUUGUGAUAGCAAAUGGACUUGGGAGCCUUCAUAACUUGCUGAUGUUGGUGACUGAAGUAAUUGGGCCAAAGUAUGACUUCAAGUUUAAGGGGAUACGCCUCCUUCUGCUUGCACUUCUAGAUACGGUGAACGUGGGUCUAGUAUCGGGUGGAAUGAGCGCCGCAGCUUUCAUGGGGCAACUUGGGCGAGAUGGGAAUUCCCAUGCAAGAUGGAGCAGAAUUUGUGACAAAUUCGACACCUUUUGCGACCACGGAACCGGCGCCAUUAUUGCUUCUUUCAUUGCUGUCCUGCUUAUGAUCAUCACCACUCUCAUUACUCUCAUCAAACUCCGGAAUCACUCCUCAACUUCAACAUGAAAAACCACAUCAUAUCAUGCAUACUCAUAUUUAUAUAAAUUACAAACCAUGGAUGUUUACUUAAGUCUAUGUAUAGUAAACUAUAUAUUAUGUGUAUUAUUUAAAUUUGUCGGGCCGGGAUGUGGGGGCCCUUAGGGUCGGGGUUCAGUCUUUUGGAAGAAAUUUGUGAAAGUAUAGUGUGGUAUUGUUGUUAAGUGUUUAAUAUUUGUAGCUGAUGAUGAAAGUUAAGAGUGUUUGACGAUCUUGUUUAUUUAUUAUUAUGAUCUUAUUUUAG